GCUCCACGUCGAAGAUUCCAAGCUGGUUUUUGGUAGGUGGUGAUAAAAAGCCUGUACUAUUUUUGUCGUCAACGAUUAUCUUGAUUAUUAAAGCAUCUUUCGGCUGCUUAAACGUGAAAAUGUCUUCGCUGUCUCUCAAUGUUGGUAAACAAAUUACAUUCUUCAUCAAGGUUGCUUCAUCCAUGAAUGCAUUCAGUUCGGUAACAGGUUUAAACUCUAUAAUAUUUAGAUGA